CAUGCUACUCUGAUCUCUGUGUUUCUAAAUCGUGUAGUCACUCUUGGAAGCCAACGAGCUAUUCAUAAUAGUCGAGAAGAAGUGGAGUUUGCAAGUCCUAGCAUUUAGGAAUAUACCGCAACGUCUUCACGAUGUCUAUUAUGUCCUAUAAUGGAGGGGCUGUCAUGGCCAUGCGGGGGAAGAACUGUGUGGCAAUAGCAGCAGACCGAAGAUUUGGCAUUCAGGCUCAGAUGGUCACCACGGAUUUCCAGAAGAUCUUCCCCAUGGGAGAUAAGCUGUACAUCGGGCUGGCUGGACUGGCCACUGAUGUUCAGACAGUAUCCCAGAGGCUGAAAUUCAGACUGAACUUGUAUGAGCUGAAGGAGGGUCGCCAGAUCAAGCCCAAGACCUUCAUGAGCAUGGUUUCCAACCUGUUGUAUGAAAAGAGGUUCGGGCCAUACUACAUCGAGCCUGUGAUUGCUGGACUUGAUCCCAAAACCUUAGAGCCAUUUAUCUGCUCCUUGGAUUUGAUUGGCUGCCCCAUGGUGACAGAAGACUUUGUUGUCAGUGGCACCUGCUCAGAGCAGAUGUACGGGAUGUGUGAAUCUUUGUGGGAGCCAGACAUGGAACCAGAGGACCUAUUUGAGACCAUCUCACAGGCGAUGCUGAAUGCAGUUGAUAGAGAUGCAGUGUCUGGUAUGGGAGUCGUUGUACAUGUCAUUGAGAAAGACAAAGUCACCACACGAACCCUGAAAGCCAGGAUGGACUAGAGCUUCUGUUUCUCCCCACACUUGACCAACACAAAUGUUUUGUAUAAAAAUAAUAAACAAUGCUUGUUCUCUUUUUUUUUUCUUUCUUCAAUAAAUGAGUGAACAUAGGUUUAAUCAA